GUGAAUAAACCCUCAGUAUCCCGUGGAGAGUCAGAGAAGUCAGGUUUCUGCUGCAGUUGUUUUAGUCUGUAAAGUCUGAGAAAUGUUUGCUUGUGGAGCAGCCAGUCUAGAGAAUAUCAUGACACCCAAAGGGUUCUUCAGGCAAACUCUACCACUGACCCCUGGAAGAAUCCCAAAAUUUACUAUUCCUCCCAAGUUAUCCAUGUCUCCUCAGCUGUGUCGCCAGAAAGAAAAUGAUGAGGACACACACAUGCUGAUAUCUCCAGAAAGCCCAGAAGAACCGUCUCCUGGACAUCGGCCUCCCACUGGUUCACCAUACGUUUCUGCCAAACUUCGUUUCACCCCUAAGAUGAAGCUGAAUCGCCUGCAGAAAUCUGCCACAGAGGAUCUCUCAGACCCUUCGACGUGUGCAGCCAUGUCUCUGGAGCAUGUUGGAAAGGUCACCACACCUUAUGGCUUCCGGACCUUGGCUGCCAGUCCCAGCGUCAGCCGGAGAGAGUCCUUAUUCCCUAAGCUGGGACGAUGCACAGAAAGGAGAGUGCCGUUGGAUUCUGUGGCUUCACCAACAUCUUCAAAUUCAACAUCCAAUUCCACAAGCAACAGAAACGGCUCUGCUAGAAAGCUGCAGGAUGGCCCAAAAGACUGUUGCUCCCCUCGGAAAUCCAAGAGAGAAGGUCUGGAGCUGCUCCUGAACAAACCAUUGACUGUCUUGAGGAGUCUUACUCCCAAAAGAAAGAACCUUAAACUAAAACUUAAGCUAUAGAAAGAGUUGUAACUGAUAUCAGCAUUAGUACAGCCUGCUGCCUUCUGCGUUUUGACAAAGAAAACUAAUUUUAAGUGUCAAAAAUAAAAGUAUUUUAAUUCCA